GAGCAGACCGCUGAUUUGCUCGGAACGUUUCGAGCACUUCCAACAUGGGUGCAUUGUAAUUUUCAAUUCAUUUACAGUAAUUUUGCAUAAUCUUCCUUACUAUUUUCAAUAAGAAGCAAAUAAUUCUUUGCUAAAGCAUCCAUUUUUGAAAAUGAUGCUUCUGGCUAAACUGUAGUGGCGCCAUCAAUGUAAUGUCAGAAUUUGGUGUCUGGGGGGCUCGAUUUCUGGGAGUGUGCGUCGAUCAUCUACAAGUCAAAAGAAUUCUGUUUUAAAAUGAAGUGAUGAUAUCCUUACGUAAAUUCAGUGUUGCCGUUGGAAUUAAAGUACCCACAUUUUAAAGAUCUAGAAUCAGUGUUUCUGUGUGUGAAAUGUCGCCAGUGUCUUUUCUAAGUUAGGUGCAAUUGUUCGAUUUCAUAGCAUUUCCUGUCAGUAGGCAGGACUCAUCAUGGCUGCUGAGCAUCAGUUUUUCUACGAAGAUGAAGUUUAUAGAAUUAAUAAGAAAGGAAAUGUGGAGUUUGGGAUGGUUUUGGAGAAUUCAGAACUUGUUAGUAGUGAUGAGAAUUCUGACGUUGAAGAAGGAGGCAGGAUGAAAAAGGGACACAUUCGUGUUGCGUGGCAUCCUACAGGUGUAGAAGUCAUUCCAGAACGAAAGGUUCACUUAGCUGAUAGAUCAUUAAUGCCUGGUGAUGUUGUUCGGCGAAUGAUAAAAGGCAAAGAUACUCAAAGAGGUUACUGUCGGGACAUAAAAGUUACAGCAAAUGUUCAGGUAGUUGGAACUAAACAAGUUAUACCUAAUGUCAAAAGUGAACACCUUAUUCCAUUAGAGGAAUUUGCCACAGAUAUUGCCGCAUGCUUGGAUUCAUGGGUUGGGGGAAUCAAAUCUGUUCAUUCUAAACUUCAUGUUCAAUUGGCUGAUGGUUCAAGAUGUGUUAUCAAUGAUUUAGAAGCUUGUGGUUUAGAGGACUUCACAGAAAAACGAGGAGAUUGUCAAGAUUGUGAAUUCACUUCACAUAGAGAGGAUUUUUAUCCAGGCCAAACACUGUGGGGACCGCUUCAUUGUCUUGAAGAUGCUGAGUGGAUACAUUGUACAAAAGAGAUGAAAGCCCUCCGUAAUAAACCUAACAAAACAGUGAAGGUGGUUGUGGAGGAAGUAAAGACAGACUGUGUGGGUGUGCAUUGGCAGUGUCGUGCUUAUUCUAAAGAAGGAGCUGGUGUUGAGAAAGAGCAGCCCAAAUAUCUUGUUCAAGGCGAUGACUUGAAGAGGCUUCGUUUGCUGAAUGUGUUUGAGCCCUGCACGCUGCAGGUGGGGGAUCGAAACUUCUACACCUACCGUGAUGAAGAUUCGUACAUACAAAAGGAACAGUGGCGACGAGCACAGCGAGACCUUGUUCUUGCAAAUGCAAAUGGAGUCAACAAUGGUCCUGCUAAUUCUGUUAAGCGCAGUCCAAAGAGGAAUAAGAACAAAGAUGCAACGUCACAUGUAAAUGGUCCAUCUCCAGAGCCAUCACCAUUACAAGUGGAUGGUCAACCUGCUGAUGGAACUCCAGCUAACAACUUGCCCCCACCUCCAGCUGCAGUGCCUAUGGAAGUAAGCCCUGCUGGUGAAGAAGAGGAGUGGGAUACUGAGGACACAGCCAGUGUUUCGGAUGCUGCAUCUAUCAGCAGUGGUGCCAGCAGCAUCGGUUCGCAAGGUGUGUACUUUGCUGCUCCCAUCCUUCCACAUGUCACCAAGAUGAUCAGCUUCUUGUUCUUCUGGUUGUUGUCGUUUUUCUUUGCCAACCGCCGCCAGCCAGGCCGGAAGAAGAGAGGGCCAGCUCUGAUGACAAAGGUGCUAAAGAAGAAGAAAUUGCGUCGCACGCGGAAGAGGCCGCCUCCUGUGCCACUGGCUUCCGGCAUGCGAAUUGUGGUGGAGACCUUGUCUACGUCUUCAAUUGCGGAUGUUGUGUGGCAGGAUGGCUCUGUAGAACUGGGGAUUCCUUCUACACAACUCUAUCCCAUCCAUCAUUUGGAUGAUCAGGAAUUUUUCCCUGGAGACUUUGUCAUUGAAAACAAGGAGGACGCAUGUAUGCAAGUGUAUGGUGUUGUGCAGAGUGUAGAUCAUGCUGGUCGUACAGCUGCUGUCAAGUGGUUUAAAACCUACACGUCUGUAGAGCAACCACAACCUUCAUUCCUUGAGCAAAGCGAAGUGAGUGUUUAUGAUUUAAAAGAUCAUCCAGAUUUUCAGUAUCGACCUGGAACAGUUGUCAUCAGAGUUGCCAAUUUUGAAGGGGAAGAUGCCAAUUGCACUGCUGGACAAGUGCUGGAUAACUACCCAGAGGGAAUGGUUCGUGUGUGGUGGGUUGAUGGACAUAUUUCUAUGUCAUGGCCCCAAGACCUGUAUAAAGUUGGAGAAUAUGACAGUGAUGAAGGAGAGUUAUGGGAUGAUAAUAGUAGUGAUGCUUCAUGGGAGACAGAGUCUGAAGACUGCGUGGUGUUUGAGGAAGAUAAAUAUCCUGAGGAAGACCUGCAGGAGAUUUUAAAGCCAAAGCUUGCGGCUAAUAUUGAGAAGGCUCGAAUUGCCAUGUCUCGCCUGGAAGAGAUCUUCACUCAAAAUCCAGCUCUACAGACCACAAGUGUCAUGAGACAAUUAUUGGAUGUGUACAAAGAUUGCAGGUACUUGGAUAGAUUGAUGGGAACAUCCUUUUUCCAUGAAAGUCAUUUCCAAGGCUUGCUAGAAAGAGUUCGAGAACGUGGGAGAGCCAAUGUCGCACAACGUGUUGCUGAUCAAGUGAGCAGACUGUUUUCCACUGAAAGCACUGAAGCAACAGAGUUAGGCCAUAACACAUUAGAUACAAAUGCUCCCUCAGCUAACGAAGUUCCACAGGAAGUGAGUGAGGAGAAUGGUGUCUUGACUCAUGCCAAGGAGAAGACAUCCAAUACCUUCAUUGAUUGCAAAUUGAAUCCCUUAACACCAAAAUCUCAAGAGGACUCUGGCAUAUCUUCCGUUUCUAAUUCAAAUAAAGACAGCGGAGGAAGUAGUGCAAAUGAAUCUUUCACAUCUGGUGAAUUUCUUCUGAGUGAGAACCUGGUUAAUCUAGAAAGACAUGUUGUGACUGCUGCUAACAACUCAAAGAACAACGAAGCUCUGAGUUUGGAGGAAAAUAGUAAGGAAAUCAAGGAAGGCAAGACUGGUCAAAGAACUAUUGGUUAUAAUAAACUUCGACAGGGAGAUGAAAAGUCUAGCAAUUUGAAACACAAUGGUUGUCUCUCUUCUGCCGUAGGAUCAUCCAGGAACAAUGUGGACAAAAAUGGAGAAAGUAUGGAAGUAUCAAAUGAUGUCAACGCUUCUGAUAACAAUCAAACUAGGAGUGGACCAUGGAGUGUAUCCAACUCUCAUGUCUGUGUGCGAUUGUGUUCCCUUAUAAAGGCACAAUUAGUCAAGGCCCACGGAGAGGUGACACGAAGAUUUGGUGGCAACCAAGGACUCAUGGCCUUGAGUGAGGCUUUGAACGAGCCUCCAGUUCUCCCAGCAGAUGAUGUUGAUCAAGAAGGUGAAGAAGCCAUGGAUACAACAGAGAAGGAACCUGUUAAUGUAGGUCUGAGGUCUUUAUUGUCAAGUAAGAGCAGUCCUUUGAUUUGUGGUAAUGCCCCAGAGGAGCAGGUGGUAAACGGUGAGGAGGCUGAAAAGGAAGUUGAAGCGGACAAAGUGGUGCCAAGUGUAUCUGAAGGCGAAUCUGCUGUGAGUUCUGUGGUGCAAGGGGCAGCCGGUUCUAAAGUGCCUUUACCGAGUGAUGGGGAGGUGCGAGUUGAAGAGAAGGUUGCAGCUGAAAAUGUGACAACUGAACAGGAAAACGCAACAGAUCCGCAGCAGUCUUUGCCACCAGUGCCCACUGUCUCUCCUGAAGAACCUGCCAGAGAAGGAUUUUCAAUUAUGGAUUCUGCUCCAAAUAGUCAUAAAUUCAAAUUAACAAUGUUCCAACCUACAGAUCCACCAAACUUUUUCAGAACAAUCAGAAAAGAACUGAAACUUCUUCGUGGAUCAUUGCCAGAAGGCAUAUGGGUCAAAGGUUUUGAGGAUCGAAUGGAUCUGUAUUCUGUGAUGAUUCGAGGACCAGAGAAAACUCCUUAUGAAGAUGGUCUGUUCUUCUUUGACUUCCAACUGUCAGCUGACUACCCAAAAGCUCCUCCUCUUUGCCAUUAUAUCAGCUAUUGUAGUGACCGUCUAAAUCCUAAUCUUUAUGAAGAUGGGAAAGUUUGUGUCAGUCUUCUGGGCACGUGGAGUGGCAAAGGAACCGAAGUAUGGACUUCCAACUCUAAUCUGUUGCAAGUUAUUGUUUCCAUACAAGGUUUAAUUCUUGUGAGUGAGCCAUACUUUAAUGAAGCUGGAUAUGAGAAACAAAAAGGAUCUCAACAAGGAAAGGAAAAUUCUAGAAUGUACAAUGAAAUGGCAGUUCUGAAACUAGUGCAAGCAAUGACAAAGCUUAUAUUGCAACCACCUGGUGUGUUUAAGGAAGAAAUCCUUGAACAUUUUCGUGAAAAUUCUGGCAGAUUACUGCAUCGCUUAGACACAUGGCUGGAGAUCUCUGAACGAUACAACAACAACCACCCUGUAACUCCGACAACUCCCACGAGUUUUAGGGAACUUCAUGGUGAAGCAAUUGCCAGUGCAGUGAAUGUGCAAUUGCCUGAAUUUCCUCUCAUCCCUGCAUCUAAGGGUUUUUGCCUCACCCUUCGCAAGACCCUGGUCACUUUCCGUGAUGUACUGGGGACUGUCGGUAUUACCCCUCAGCCACCUCCCAGUUAGUACCCAGCCUAAAUGUAGGUAAGUAUCUGUGCACCCAAUGAGUGUGCAGAGCAAGCUUUAAGCUUCUCCUUUCUCAAAUAAAAAAUAAUAUAGGGAAUUUAAACAAAUAUACUGCAGAGUUCCUGUUCAAGAAAGCUGCAGUCCUAAAUCCAGUAUCUCCAAAGAUAAAACAAGUUUUUCAUAGUCAUGAUUCUGCUCACAUGUUUAGAAAGAAGCUUGCGUUAUUUUCUGAUUUGUAUACCAAUAAAGAAGACAAUUAUUAAUUUGUCAUGACAUGGUAUAAUAUUGUUCUCAGUACAAUUAAUAUUUUAUUAUAAAUGUAUAUUUUGUCUUAUAUAGAUAUUAUUUAUUGAAUUAUUCUUUAUUUCCUUCAAUUUCCUGUGAAAACUGUCAUAAUUUGGUGACCUCUCAGCUGAUGUCAAAGAUAGUUAAAAGUUAGCAAUACAUAUACCAUAGGUAAUGUUAAGCAGACUCUUCACCUUAUCGAUAUGCAUCACAAGAAAUGCUGUGCCACACUCAGCAUUGAUCAUGGCACAUACAGUACCACUGUAUUUAUUACAUUAUACUGUUUUUAUUUAACAGAAUGGUAGGAAAAUUCAGAUUCCACCCUGUUAUUUAUAUUUAACAAGUUCUAAAUUAGACAUUAGAGUUAGAAAUUAAUCAAUCACGGUUGUUACCAUCAUUCUUUGUAUUUCUAUGCCAUUAUUUUGAAGAAACUUAGAAAAAUUAACAGAUGUAGAUAAAAUAAGUCAAUAAUGUAUGUGGAUUCUGUACCUAUAUUCAAUCUGAGUUCAUUGUAUAACUGGUUGAGGGCAGUAUACUUAAUGAAAGAACAGAUGCAUAGUUUUCACUUUUGAAUAUGGUGUACAUUGUGGUUAAAAUUAGUGAUGUUGUUCUUCGGUCAUUGAAAGCAUUAGAUAUUUUGUAAGUAUUGUAAUAAAGGAUCAGUUUUCUUUUAGAUAGCUAUAUCAUUCGGGAUGUUGUCAUGUGUAAAACUCCAGGGUAGAAGAAAAUCUGUUAACAUAGUCUUCAAUCCAUAUUGUGUUACUCAGGGAAUAUUUCUGUUCCUCUAUUCUUUUAAUGUAUAUUUUUAAGCUUCAAAAUUCGCUUCAAUCACAAUCAGGCAAAUUUAAAAGAAAACUGAAACACUUUGGAGUCGCAGUGUUGCUGGAUAUGUAUCUUUGCAUAGAAUUUUAAGAAUGUUGUAGUGGUGUAUUUCCUCAGCCUAGAAGUGCAUACUGUCAGAUGAUGGUGUUUGUCCUGCUUAACUUCUUUGCACUUUCUUGAGGGAGGUUCUUAUGGCAGCAAGCUUGUUUUCCCAUCGAAUUUGGUUUCCAUGCAUGAAUUGAAUUGGUUUUAAAUGUAUAUUAUUUUCAGUGCUUAUCUUUUUUGAGAAAUGUAUGGAGUAAUGUGACAGUCUUUCUUUUGUCAUUUAUAAUACAGUUGCUAUGCCAUGGAAUUUGCAAAGUUUUUUUGAUCAUCUAUUAAUUGAAUCUUCGUGGUGAUCUAAGAGAGAAGACAUCUUGUAGUAUUUGGAAUGUAUAUGCAAGCCAUAAAAUAAAUAAUGCUUUGGUUCGUUGA